CCAACAGUCGUUCGCACGACCACACUGAAUGCACAACGAAAAGCAUCGCCUCCAAUGACGGAUAUCGCGGAGCUUAGUCGAUCUAUUUAUUCCUCUAUUGUGCAUAAUACUGGAGGUAGGGCUGCAGGACGAGUGUGGUGAUGAUCUCAGCCCGGGCGUGGGUCGCAGCCAGCCUCAAUCCAGAAAACAACGAACCCGUUCAAUCUCACUAAUAUCGACCCACAUUGAAAAUAGUUCUUAUAUAGAAUGUAGAGCGUACUGUUGAUACUCGAUCCCUUUUGAUGAGGAGCUACUCCCAUUCUAAGAUUUCCGUCUAAAUUCAUAACGGCGUAUUAUUUUUGCUACUUUUCUACAAACAACAUCAGCUCUACCUACCAUACUUGUAAUCGCCUCCAGACUUUCAUCCUAACCCUCCAUGAAGCGACUCUCAGGCAUCUUUUCCUCUCCCAAGACUACUUUCCAGGUUCUCUCCGACCUACAUCUGAACCACGACUCACAGUAUCUGACAUUUCACAUCCCCGUUACAUCGCCAUACUUAAUACUUGCUGGAAACAUUGGUCGCCUUAUCGACUACGAAUCAUACCUCUCAUUCCUCAUCCGGCGAUGCAACCUUUACGAACGCGUCUUCUUCGUUCUUGGAUCCCUUGAGUUCCAUGGCCUCGCUAUCCCCGACGGACUUGAGCUUGCACGAAAGCUAGAGCAAGAAGAUCGCCUAAAGGGUAGGCUAAUCCUUCUAGAUAAGCGACGGGUUGAUGUGCCCGACACCGAAAUUUCGUUACUAGGGUGUACACUUUGGAGCAACAUCCCAGAGGAUGCAGAGUCGGCUGUGCUGAAGAAAGUCCCUGAGUUCGACAAGGCACAAGGAAUUCGAGAUUGGAGUAUCAAAUCACAUAAUGCUGCAUAUGUUACCGACCUCGCUUGGUUGCUGAGUGAAGUCAAGCGCAAUACCUCGUCUUCUACGACGACGCGUACACUCGUUGUGGUAACGUCGUUUGCGCCAGAACUUCGAGAAGCCCUCCCCCCGUGGCAAGUCGGCUCGCCAUGGUGUUCCGCAUAUGGUACAGAAUUACUGCGGGGCAUAGACUGGGCAGGAGUCAAAGUCUGGCUCUGUGGAUCCACUGGCCGAACAGGUGAGUUCAAGAAGUAUGGUGUCAAGGUUGUGAGUAAUCAGCGAGGUUGUGUGGGAGAAGAAGAGAAGGGACUACUAAGGGAUGGGCUCGCGGAGAAAGAAAAGAGAGGGCUGUUUGAUGUCACAAAGGUUAUUAAGGUGUAAGAAGACGGAGAACAAAAGCUAUACGAGUAACGUCUUCAAAAUGUAAAUUACUAAUGCCUGGGAUUGAAGAAGGGUGCAUUUUUAGAAAAGCGUAUUACGAAGAGCUUCAUUCAAACGUAUUGGUAUUAC